UGUACAGUCUUCCCGGCAUCUUUAGUGUCCACAGACUCUUGGUCAUCCCCUGUACUGCCUGCAGUCUCUGGUCAUCCCCUGUACUGUCUGCAGUCUCUUGGUCAUCCCCUGUUCUGUCUGCAGUCUCUUGGUCAUCCCCUGUACUGUCUGCAGUCUCUGGUCAUCCCAUGUACUGUCUGCAGUCUCUUGGUCAUCUCCUGUACUGUCUACAGUCUCUGGUCAUCCCCUGUGCUGUCUGCAGUCUCUGGUCAUCCCCUGUACUGUCCGCAGUCUCUGGUCAUAUCCUGUACUAUGUCCACAGUCUCUGGUCAUAUCCUGUACUGUGUCUGCAGUCUCUGGUCAUCUCCUGUACUGUGUCCGCAGUCUCUGGUCAUCUCCUGUACUGUGUCCGCAGUCUCUGGUCAUUUCCUGUACUGUGUCCGCAGUCUCUGGUCAUCUCCUGUACUGUGUCCGCAGUCUCUGGUCAUCUCCUGUACUGUGUCCGCAGUCUCUGGUCAUAUCCUGUACUACGUCUGCAGUCUCUGGUCAUCCCUUGUACUAUGUCCACCGUCUCUGGUCAUCUCCUGUACUGUGUCUGCAGUGCAUUGG